AUGGGUGUUCGAGACGUCGAAACAAACAUCGCCAAAGUGCCCACGCCGCGCUCGAGAAGCAAUUCCGAACCCGAAGAUGGAGAUAUCGUAGAGAAUGGCCAAAUCACUCAGAAAUAUGGUCGAACCAAGAGAGGACUCUCUGGGCGUCAUGUCCAGCUCAUGGCAAUCGGCGGUUCCAUUGGCAGUGGGUUUGAAGGGCAGAUACACGGGGAGUUGAAGCUGACGUUCACGCCAGCUGGUCUCUUCGUUGGAAUCGGAUCAUCUCUCAGCAAAGCCGGACCAUUGAGCGUCGUGCUGGCAUAUCUGAUUUAUCCGUCGUUGUUCAUCUGGCCCUGCAGUAUGUGUGUUGCGGAGAUGGCGACGUACUUGCCCAUUCGAGGAAGCGUGUAUGAAUUUGCGACUCGAUUCGUUGAUCCUGCAUUUGGAUUCAUGCUGGGCUGGAGGUCAGUUAGAGUCUUGAUGCCCCGUAUUCAGAUGUCUAUCCUAACAUGCUUGCAGUUAUUUCUAUGCAAGUUCAAUGCUUUACUGCGCUGAGAUUUCCGCUGCAACGACUGUCCUGGAGUACUGGAACGCACCGGUCAAUCCUGCUGUGUGGGUGGCAUUGAUUUUGGCGGUGUGCCUAUUUCUCAAUAUCUUUGCUGUGAAGUGAGUACUCUAAAAGAACGCAGCUGACAUUCACUGAUUUCAUUAGGUGGUACGGAGAAAGCGAGUUCAUCUUUUCCUGCACCAAGCUGUUACUCAUCAUCGGUCUCUGCCUUCUCACCUUUAUCACAAUGGUUGGAGGCAAUCCAAGGCACGAUGCAUACGGCUUCAGAUACUGGACGAAGGGUAACGCGAUGCAUGAGUACUACACUACCGGGCCGACUGGUCGCUUCUUGGGUUUCUGGAGUGUAAUACUUUAUGCGGCAUUCUCAGUCUCUGGUCCGGACAUGAUUGCGUUGGGUGCUGGAGAGAUCAAAAAUCCAAGAAGGAACAUUCCUAGGGUCGCCCGCAUGGUCUUUUUCCGGAUUUUAGGAUUCUAUGUCUUCGGUGUUCUGGGCGUUGGCAUCAUUUGCUCCAGCAGAGAUCCUCGCCUGCUUGGCGCAAUAAACGACGGCUCCGUCGGAUCAGCGGCCUCUCCGUGGGUCAUAGGCAUUACCAAUCUUGGGAUCAGCGGGCUGGCCGGCUUCGUGAACGUGGCGAUCUUGCUCUCCGGAUGGUCUUGUGGAAACGCAUACCUUUACACCGCCUCCAGGACUCUGUAUUCACUGGCGCUCGACGGCCAGGCACCUCGUUUCUACCUCAAGUGUACAAAAGCAGGCAAUCCGAUUUACUGCGUCUUGACGGUAUCCCUCAUCGGGUGCAUCACUUUCCUAGUGUCAGACAGCAGUGCAGCAACGGUAUUCGGCUGGUUCGUGGACUUGGCAACUUGCGGCUUCGUUGUCUGCUAUCUCGUCAUGCAGGUUGUGUGGGUUGGGUUCUUCAGAGCACUGAAAGCGCAAGGAGUUUCCAGAGACAGUCUUCCAUGGAAAGCUCCACUAAUGCCGUACGCAGCGUAUGUUGGGAUAGGCUUCGGGUGGGUGGUCUUGCUUUUCAUCGGGUUCGAUGUCUUCGCUCCAUUUGACGUGCAGGGCUUCAUUACGGCUUAUUUCGGGAUCGCUUUCGCAGUCCUCGUCUUUGUUCUCUGGAAGGUUGUGAAGAAGACCAGCUUUGUGAAGCCAUCUGAGGCGGAUUUAGUGUCCGGCAAGGCUGAGGUAGAUGCCGAAUGCUCAGUCUGGGAGGUCGAAGGCAGAGAUAUGCCUACUAGCGCGAUUGGGAGGUUCUGGCAGAAGAUAUGGUAGAUGCGUCAAUGCAGGAACACCGGGCAAAAGAAUCGUGUAAGCCACGUUCGUAUAUUUACAUAAUGAUCAGAUGAAUUUGUCAGUAUAUUCCGCUCGUCUCGUCGCAAAGGUUGCUUGAGUCGAGAGCAGCUUUGUUGAAGAUGGAGAGGGCAAAGGCUUUCCUCAAGUUUCACGCGGCACGGGCCACCGAUCUCUCGGAUUCGGCUUCCCUGACUUCAUCACCAGCGUAGCUCUCCACAUACAACGAAACAUCAAGUCCUUACAACAUAAGACAACAUGGCCAACGGGUAAUCUCACUAUAUUGAACGCUCAAGCAGCUGCUAACUUAACCUACAGGUGGAGCAUCGUGAUCAGCAUUGUGGUCGUCGGCCUCAUCGCCGUCGCCGCAUGGUUCUUCAGUCCCAAAGGCGAGAACCAAGCGUACGUUUCCGCAAGCGCUCACGUCCUGUUAUACGAUGUUGACGGCACCUCUAGCGUCUGGCGAUCUACAAUAAUCCUUUCUGCGGCGAGUUGUUGGCUCAUGUGGGGUACGUGUCGAAGCCACGCACGAGAGCAUUCUACAACGGGAGCAAAGCUGACUUUGGCGCAGCAAUAACCUUCCUUGCACAAUUGCAUCCUCUCAUAACGCCCGAACGCAAAGAUCUACGACCUGACUUCAACCAAGGACCUGCGGCGGGGAACAGUUUCAUGUGA